AUGACGGAAAUGUCGUCGAAGAGCGAGUUGAAGAAACUCUCAGAAGAGAGCUUGACGCGACAGCCCGAGGAAGUAUUUGAUAUCAUCUGUAAGCUCGGAGAAGGGUCAUAUGGAAGUGUUUAUAAGGCGUUACACAAAGAGAGCGGACAAGUGCUCGCGAUUAAGCAGGUGCCAGUGGACACCGAUUUGCAGGAGAUCAUAAAGGAAAUAUCUAUUAUGCAGCAGUGUGACAGUCCGUAUGUCGUCAAGUAUUACGGCAGUUACUUCAAGAACACAGACUUAUGGAUCGUGAUGGAAUACUGUGGUGCUGGCUCAGUCUCGGAUAUCAUAAGGCUACGUAAGAAGACGCUAUCAGAAGAUGAAAUAGCGACAAUCCUAUGCGACACGCUCAAAGGUUUAGAAUACCUGCACAGACGGCGGAAGAUACACAGAGAUAUUAAAGCUGGGAACAUACUGCUCAACAGUGAGGGGCAUGCUAAGUUGGCGGAUUUCGGAGUGGCGGGACAGUUGACGGACACAAUGGCGAAACGAAACACGGUGAUAGGCACGCCGUUCUGGAUGGCCCCGGAAGUGAUCCAGGAGAUAGGGUACGACUGCGUGGCCGACAUCUGGUCGCUCGGCAUCACCGCCCUGGAGAUGGCCGAGGGCAAACCCCCCUAUGGUGACAUACACCCUAUGCGAGCCAUAUUCAUGAUACCUACUAAACCACCGCCUUCCUUCAGAGAACCAGACCAGUGGUCGCCCGAGUUCAUAGACUUCGUAAGUCAGUGUCUCGUCAAGAAUCCCAGCGAACGAGCCACGGCUGAAUUUCUCUUGACACACGAAUUCAUUGGUAACGCGAAGCACCCCAGCAUCCUGAGCCAGAUGAUCGCGGACGCGCGCGAGAUCCGCGAGAGCCAGGCCUACAGGAACGCUCACGUCACCAACAACGCCAAAACAUUCUCCGCGAACGACGGAGCGUACGAGGAGGCCACCAUGAAGCAGCGCGGGGACGGGACCCUCGUGCCUAACAGGGACGCCACCACAGACCUCGCCGCGGACCUGGGCACCAUGGUCAUCAACGAGCCCGACGAGACACUCGCCACCAUGAAGCGUCACGAUACAGAUCCAAUGGACACAAAUAAACCGAAAUACCGCCCUCUAUUCCUCGAGCACUUUGAAAAGAAAGAAGUAAAUCAUUUAAACAUUGGCGCGGCAACGAACGGGACCCUCACCUCCCACAUAAUACUGCCCGGAGAUGACACCGUCAGCGCGGGCGCGGGGGUCGCGGGGGUCGCGGGCGCGGCGGGCGCGGCGGGUGUCGCGGCGGGUGCGGGGGGCGCGGGGGCGCUGCCGGCGCUGGCGCUGCACCGCGCGCUGGUGGAGGAGGGCAACUUCGAAUUCUUGUCGUACCUGCCGGAGAGCGAGCUGGAGGCGCGCGUGGCUCGGCUGGACGCGGAGAUGGAGGCCGACAUCGAGCAGCUGCGCUCGCGCUACAACCGCAAGCGCCAGCCCAUACUCGACGCCAUACACCUCAAGCGCAAGCGACAGCAGAACUUCUAG